AUAAAAUAAAAUAUAAAAAAGAGACCAGCCUCCAACUGAGUCAGAAGCUCUAUCUCUCUCCCUCUACAUUCCUUGCUUUCUUCUCAGACAUGGACGAGAAGUGGAAGCUGUCCAAAAAGGAUGCAUCAGCUGCGUCUUGCUCAUCUUCUAGUUCCUCCAAAUCCAAGUUCUCUAGAAGCUUCUCGACGAGUGCUUCCUCCACAAAGGCUCCUGUAUUCGUACGGAGCUCAUCCACCAAAUGCUCAGUGCCAUCUUCUUCAUCCUCCAUCUCCAGAAGCUCCUCGAAGAAAGAGAAAGGAUCAUCGUCAUCUUCCAUUACUCAAAAGUACAGUAGCUUGGCUAAGGAACAGAAGGGAAGGUUUUACAUCAUGAGAAGUUUGAUUCUCUACUCUAGGUUGUUGCCACAAGUUUCUAUACUGAGUCAUGAAUACAGAGAGGUAUAG